AAUCCUCUCUAAGAAAAUAAACAGCAUCUGUUAAGGUACCGUCACAAUAGUGACAUGCAAAUACGCGUAAUGCAUCAUUUGUGUUGGACUAUAGACUGUUAUAGUUAUUUUAUGGCCAGCUCAUUAGUUUGAUCGGUUGUUAAUCGGAUUCAUUCAUUUGAUUACAUUGAAUCGGAGAAGCGUUCCUUCGGUUUACCAACUUGAGAAAUAAGUAACGGCGUUGAAAGUACACGGUUAAAUCAGUGUUCAUGCCGGAUUUUGAGCAUUUCAGAUUUUCUCACUCCAGAAUGAAUCCUGUAUUGGGGGAGCAUGUGUAUCCGUUCCAGCAGAACCAGGUGACGGGCUUAUCGGACUCUGCGUCCUCGGUCUAUUGGAAAGAUUCUGUGUAUGGUGCACCUGACCCAGGCCUGUUCUUGGGCGAACACACGGGAGAUAUCGGGCAAGACUGCGGCACUGGAUUUGACCUGGGUGCUUUUCCUUCUUCAGGUACAUCGUAUCUGCAUUUGGGUAACUAUUUGCACCGGGUGUCUCCACCACCUCCAGCCGCCACGGCCCUGCGUAACGACCUGGGCUCCAACAUAAGCGUCCUCAAGACUCUGAAUUUGCGCUUCCGCUGCUUUUUAGCCAAAGUGCAUGAACUAGAACGCCGCAAUAAAGUGUUGGAGAAGCAAUUGCAACUAGCUUUGGAUGACAGUAAUGACAGUGGAGAGUGUGUGCACAAUAACAAGCCUUUAACUCGAGAUGUUGGAGUUCAAACUGGCUUCGUUGGGUUAAUUCCUAUAAGGCCAGACCUGAUAUCGAUUCACAACGCAAAUGACUCCGCAUAUCUGUCCGGAGGCUUGCUGUCACCUAUAUUGAAUAACACCAUCCUGCCUUUCGAGUCCAUUAACAAAACAACCCUUGGAAACCUAAAUUCCUUAGGUUUGACGGACUCCAAUUCCAAUCUCACCCCAAACUUCCCCAUCAGCCCUGUAUCACCUAUUGAUCCAGCAACAAAAAACAUCAGUAAUGUUAACGGCAAGUAUGUCAACACUGGGGUUGGCUGUACCACCAACCCCCCACCUAGAUUUCAUCCUGGGUCUAUGUGGACUUUUAAUAACACCCAGAGGUUCAGCACCGGGCGUGAGUCGCGCGUCGGGGGUCCAGGUGUAUCAUCAUGGGUGCCGCCUCCUCCAGACGGGGUGGGUGUCCAAAUCGACACCAUCACUCCAGAGAUUCGGGCUCUGUACAAUGUGCUUGCCAAAGUGAAGAGGGAAAGAAACGAAUACAAACGAAGAUGGGAAGAAGAAUACAUAAUGAGGAUGGAUCUACAGGAAAAGUUUGCAGAACUUGAAGAGGACCUACAGGAGAGUGAGGUGUAUCAGGAUGAGUUGUCUCUGAGGGUUAAGCAGCUUAAAGCAGAGCUGGUUCUUUUCAAAGGUCUCAUGAGCAAUAAUCACUCAGAUUUAGACAGUAAGAUCCAGGAGAAGGCCAUGAAAGUGGACAUGGACAUCUGUCGCAGAAUCGACAUCACGGCCCGCCUGUGUGACGUAGCACAGCAGAGAAAUUGCGAGGAUAUGAUUCAAAUCUUCCAGCAAGUAGCCACACCUCCCUCAACCUUGACUCGCCACUCUCGAAAACCGGCACCACAGACAAUCCGAGGGAACGAGAGCGAUGAACCAAUAAGCAUGUCACAGAGUGAGGAGAGUGACAAUAAGGAGGCGGAGCUGUGUGGCUCAUCAGCCAAUCAGAUCAAUGAGGAAAUGCAGAGGAUGCUCAACCAGUUGCGUGAGAGUGAGUUUGAAGAUGACUGUGAUAGUCUGGCAUGGGAAGAGACUGAGGAAACUCUUUUACUCUGGGAGGAUUUUCCAGGAUGCUCCUUCAGCGUUGAGCCUCAAGGGGAGCAAGAGGAGUCCAUAGAGAAAGUGAUAAAGGACACUGAGUGUCUUUUCAAGUCCCGUGAAAAGGAAUAUCAAGACACCAUAGACCAAAUCGAGUUGGAGUUGGCAACAGCAAAGUCAGAUAUGAACAGGCAUUUACAUGAGUAUAUGGAGAUGUGUAGCAUGAAAAGAGGGCUGGACGUUCAGAUGGAGACUUGCAGACGAUUAAUCACUCAGAGUGGAGACAGAAAGUCCCCUCCUCUCAUUUCGGUUGCUGUGGAGGAGGGAGAGAAUGCAGAGAGGGAGAGGAAGAAAGCAACUCCUGCAGCAAAUUCUGACUGCACUGAACCAUAUAAUGACAUGCAGUCAAACUCUGCUGUCCUGGACCAAACAUGGAAAAAGUCUUAAGAGCCUUUUUAUCCUUCUAGCCCCACAAUAAUAGCUGCAAAUAUAAAGCUAUGGCAGUGAUAAUUUAAAAAGUGAGAAUGUGAUAUUGCCACAAGCCUCCACAUUACGGAAGUUAUAGUUACCCUUUGAAAGGCAAGUAAUGUUGGGUGGAUUCACUAGUGCCCUCUAUUGGAAUACACCAUUAAUAGACCUUAAAGGGAUAGUUCACCCAAAAUGACAUUUCUGUCAUCAUUCUCACCUUCAUGUCAUUCCAAACCAGUGGAACACAACAAGAAAAUGUUUGGCAGAAUGUUCAGGACUAACAGCUUCAGUCUCCAAUCAUUUUCUUUGUUUAGAAAGAACGUUGUGUCAACAUUAGGGUGAAUGACAUGAGGGUGAACAUUUUUGGUUGAACUGUUGCUUUAAACAAAAGCAAAUUGUGCACUUUCUCUACAUAGAAUAUUAUAAAAUUCUGCCAAAGAAAUUAGUAUCAAUAUUUCUAGAAAAUUUUACAAUGUACUCGCUUGAAGACUUGACCUGCUCUUGAUUCAUUUGCUCAGAAUUAAAAACUGAAUCCCUACUGACUUAGUCAACACUUUCAAAAAUGUUUUAUUUAAGAUAACCUUUUCAAUAAAUCAUAAAUAAUAGGGGGGUUAACCUUUGAUAUUUAAAACAUAAAAGCAAGUUAUUAACUGCUGGACAAGCACUUUUCAGUUUGUUAUGCUUCUGCGACUAUUAAUGACAGCAAUAUAAAAUAUAUUUAAAUAGGUCUAAGUCAACAUUUUACAGCUGUGAAUGAGGUUAAUUUUGGGACCAGUAAUUAUAAUACUUUAGCAUAAUGUUUUUGCUUUUAUUUACUUAUUUUAUAGAUCACUGCUGAAAUUGGUGUUGUGGAUAAAGGCCAGUGCCAAGUUGCAACAAACCCGUUUAGAAUACCCUUAGUAAUAAUUGUAAGGUUAUUGUUACCAAGGUUUUUCUUAAGGGAUUACUUGAAGAUUACUUGUCAUUGGUCUUGUAAAUUGAUCAUUAACUACUAUUUCUAGUUUGAAGUUGUCUUAAUCUUAAGCAUUGUUUCAUUAUAUAUUGUAAAAAUGUCCUUGUUCACUUACGCAUGAAUCCUUUAGCUAUUCUGUUAAAUUUGUUAAAUACAGUUGCUCAAGUAAAGUUCAUUAGAUUAACUCCUGAGAGGGCCAAGGUUGCAAAAACAGUUAACAAUGGCCAUUGUUAAUGUGCAUAUGACACAAAAUAAAGUCAGUAUAAAUAAACACCCAAGUCAAAAUUGGUUGGUUAGGUCAAACAGGUCAGUAUGCAGUGAGUCAUUAUGCACUUAUGCAUAAGUGAUGACCGAUCAUGUUAAGUGCUGCUGAGUGCAAUGUAUUCCAAAUGAUUCUACUCCUCUGUAUUGACACUCUCCUAAGCUCUUUAAAGUGACCAUUCAUUCAUUGUGAAUUGUUUUGCAAUAUACAGAGCUUAAACUACAAACUACACUGCCUGGCCUAAAAAAAGUUGCAUACUCUUAUAUUUUGUUGGACCGCCUUUAGCUUUUAUUACGUUGUGCAUUCGUCGUGGCAGUGUUUCGACAACCUUAUGCAAUGUCACAACAUUUAUUUCCGUCCAGAGUUGCAUUUAUUUUUGGCCGAGAUCUUGUAUCGAUGAUUGGAGAGACGAAGCACUCUGUAAAUUCCAGCUCAUCCCAAAGUCUUAGGUCAGGACACUGUGGUGGCAAAUUCAUGCUCCCUGAAUCACUUUCACAAUUUGAGCCCAAUGAAUCUUGGAAUUGUCAUCGUGGAAUAUACCUGUGCCAUCAGGUAAUAAAAAAUCCAUUGAUGGCAUAACCUGGUCAUUCAGUACAUUCAGGUGGUCAGCAGACUUCAUUUUAUUGCCGCUUAACGUUGCUGAGCCUUGAUUUGACCAAUUGAAGCAACCCCAGAGGCUUGUACAGUGGGCACUAUGCAUGAUGGUUGCAUUGCUUCAUGCGCUUCCCUUCUUACCCUGAUGCACUCAUCGUUUUGUAAUGGGGUAAAUCUGGACUCAUCAGACCACAUGACCUUUUUCCAUUGCUCCGCAGUUCAAUCUUUAUGCUCCCUAGCAAAUUUAAGUAGUUGUUUCAGAUUAUCCUCACUAACUAGUGGCUUUCUUGUCGACACAGCUGUUUAGUCCCAAUCCUGUAAGUUCUCGUUGCAUUGUGCAUGUGAAAAUGCUCUUACUUUCACUAUUAAACACAUCCGUGAGUUCUACUGUCGAUUUUUUAGGAUGUGACUUCAAGCAUUUUAGUGAUCUCCGAUCACGAUCAUUCAAAUAAUUAUCUUCCGCAAAGCUGACCACUAUCCUUCCAGGUUUCAAUAAUGCGUUGGACAGUUCUUAACCUAAAUUCCAGUGAUUUUAGCAAUCUCCUUAGAUGUUUUCUCUUUUGCCCCUUCUGAAGCACAGUAACAUCUUUUGCACGACAUGGGAUACAUCUUCCGACAUGGUUGGUUAAGAAAUGAGAAGCUACACACUGCAUCAGUUUGGGUUAAAAGAAUUGUUGCCAGCUGAAACAUAUUAAUCAUUGCAAUAAUGAUCCAAUCAGAGGCUCUUAAGUAUCUGCUUAUUUAAAUCCAAACAGCAACUUUUUUUGCCAGGCAGUUUAUUUUAGCCAAACAAUUAGUAACACUUUUGAGUUGGGAAGAGAGAGUGCAGUUGAGUUAUCACUUUGACAAUAUUCACACUAAUGAAUAUUGUUUUCGUUUGAAAACGCAUUAUGUUUGCUGCAUUUACGCCUCUCAUCCACACUGGAAUUUCACUUUCGAAAAACGCUCUCUAGUAUCAUAUAAUUUUAUAAACAAAUUAUGUUGGAAAACUGAAAAUGGAGAUUUAGACAAUAUGGUUUAUGAAAGGAAAUUGUUUAAAUACAAAAUGUGUUUCAAAUUAACAAUAAAUAAUAGAUAUUACUUAAUCCUAGAGUAAUCCCAGAGAAAAAAUAAACUCAUAAUUGUGAUGCAUUUAUAAUGAUUCAUGAAAUGUAUAAUAGAAUAUUGAUGUUUUAACAAAGGCACAAACCUGUUUAGGCUUUAAAGUGAUUGUUCACCCAAAAUGAAAAUUCUCUCAUCAUUUACUCACCCUCAUGCCAUCCCAGAUGUGUAUGACUUUCUUUCUUCUGCAGAGCACAAAGAUUUGUGGAAGAAUGUUUCUGCUCUGUUGGUUCAUACAAUGCAAGUGAAUGGUGACCAAAAAGGUCCCAAAAGCACAAAGGCAGCAUAAAAGCCUCUCAAGUGGUUUCAUCCAUACAUUCAGAAGCGAUAUGAUAGGUGUGGGUGGGAAAUGGAUACAUUUUUUAAAAAUUUUUUUUACUAGAAAUCUCCACUUUCACAUUUUCUUCUUUUGUUUUUACGAUUCACGUUCUUCGUGCAUAUCACAACCUACUAAGCAGGAAUUUAGGGUAAAAAAAGUACUUAAAUAUUGAUUUGUUUUUCACCCAUUCCUAUCAUAUCACUUCUUAAGAUAUGGAGUAAUCAUCUGAAAUCUUAUGGAUUACUUUUAUUCUGCUUUUAUGUAUUUUUUGGGGCUUUAAAGUUCUGUCCACCAUUCACUUGCAUUAUAAGGACCUACAGAGCAGACAUAGUCUUCUAAUAUUAUUUGUUUCUGUUCAGCAGAGGAAAGUCAUACAAAUGUGGGAUGGUAUGAGGGUGAGUAAAUUAUGAGAGAAUUUUCAUUUUUGGGUGAACUAUCCCUUUCCGUUUAACUGUAUUCAUCUUAGAAGAUAAAGGAAAGUUUAACAAGUGGUAAUGUGGGCACACACAUGGUUUUCUAAUGGUAUUGUGUGAGGGGCUACUCCAUUUUGGUUUCAUUGUAUUUUAUAACUAUAUUCCAGUGACAAAUUAUCAGAAAGUGUCCCAUUUAUCUGUAUUCACACUAUUUGGUUUAUAUGUUUAGCAAAUGAUCUGUGUAUUACUGAUAAUUACUGUGAAAACAAUCUAAAGGAAAUGCUAAUUUAUAAAAAAUAUAUUUAAAUAUCAAGGUGCCUGAGAGGUUUUGGAAGCCUAAGUUUGGACAUAGAGUGGCAGGCUUUGAAAGUCUGUUAUAUUGAUACUUGAAAACUAUUGCUGAGGUCCACAUUCACAACAAUCAUCUUUAAUCAUUAAUAAUGAAUGCCUAUCUAGUUAAAACUGUUACUUGUUGUUGUUGCUAAUGAGACUGAAUAGUUGUAAUAGUUCUUGUAGAUGUAAACCAUGGGAAAACAAUAUCUCUGUAAUAAUUAAUCAUAACCUACAGUUAAUCACCAGGCUAACUCAUGCAGCAAUGUUCAUUUGUUAACAUGAAUGUAGUAUAUGAACUGCAAUGUACAAAGUGAUGUAAUAUUUGCCACAAUCUUAGGUCAUGGGUUCAGUUUGUUAUAUCUGGUGUUAAGAAAAUUAGCAGUUAAAAGCUGGUUAAUGUAAAAGAUGAAAGCAUGUUAUUUAUUGGAUCAUGUUUGUCUGUGUGCAAUGAACUGACAAGGGAAGGGGGGAAUGCAAUAGAUGCACUGGAAUAUAUUUGUUGAUCAAAAUGUUGGAUUUGAAAAUGUUUGGAUUCAGAUUGUGCAGAAGGAUUAAUGACAUUGUGCAAUAGACUACUAUUGAGUAAUAAUAAAAAUGGUUGGGGCAUUUCCUGAUAUUUUAAAAACAAAAUUUGUAAAGAUGGUCACAAACUAGAAAAUGAAAAACUUGUGUACAGAUUGAUGGUGAGAAGGACAAACUGAAAAUACAUUAUUUUAGUGAAAAUUAUGCUUUGGCUAUUUAUUAAUCAUUCAAUUUAACUAAGUGUAGUCACUCUCAAUUACAUAUUUUAAAGGGUUGAAAUGUGAUUCAGUAAAUACAGUGCCUUGCAAAAGUAUUCAGACCCCUGGCUAGUUUUCUCAUAUUACUGAAUUACAAUGAAAUUGAAUUGUUUGAUAUUUUUUAUUUUAAAACA